AUGGGUGCAGUUGGUAAUAUCAGUGAUUGUUGUUACGGGAGGAAAGGUGGGAUAGUUCUUAGACCUAGUUGUAACAUAAGGUAUGAGUCGUAUCCUUUCUAUGACUACAAACAAGAAACUAAUCCAGGUCACCUUCCUUCAAGUCCUCCUCCGAAACCAAAUGUGACUGCAACAACAGGAGGUACUGUAAACAAUGGAUUCUCUAACAGGACCAAUGGAAAUAACCUAGAUAAAGUUCAUGGUCUUUUCUUAUGUAGAGGAGACCAAACAAAUGAUGCCUGCCAGAGUUGUGUGACAACUGCAGCAGAAGAAAUCACGAAAAAAUGUCCCAAUAAGAAAGAUGCUAUAAUAUAUUACGACGAGUGUAUGGUGCGAUACUCAAACCAAUCCAUGGUGCAAAAAAACCCGGGUGUCUCCCUUUUUAAUAUGAACAACGCAUCUGAUCCUGAUCGAUUUAAACCGUUAUUGGGAGAACUAUUGGAGGAACUUGUUACAAGGGCUACUGCUAAUUCAUCAAAGUUUUCAACAGGAACGAAAGGCCGAGGCUGA